AUGCAAUACAAGAACACUGUAUUGGCCGCUGCUGCCGCUCUUGCUUCUUCUGCCUCAGCCGCAGUCACUGCCUCUGAGCCAUGGAGCACUUUGACCCCUACUGCCACCUACCAAGGUGGUCACACUGCUUACAGCGAGACCUUUGGUAUCGCAGUCGUUCCUAUCACCAGUUCGGUUUCCACUUUGAGCGCUGCCACUGCUUCUUCGACUGACCACGCCAAGAGAGACGCCAUUUCUCAGAUCGGUGACGGCCAGAUCCAGGCUACCACUUCUGCUUCUGCCACUCCAGCCAAGAAGACCUCUGCUGCCGCUAUUUCCCAGAUCAGCGAUGGUCAAAUCCAAGCCACUACUUCCACAACUUCUGCGAAGAGCACCGCUGCCGCUAUUUCUCAGAUCAGUGAUGGCCAAAUCCAAGCCACUACUUCCACAACUUCUGCGAAGAGCACCGCUGCCGCUAUUUCUCAGAUCAGUGAUGGCCAAAUCCAAGCCACUACUUCCACUGCUUCUUCGAAGACCUCCGCUGCUGCCAUUUCCCAGAUCAGCGAUGGCCAAAUUCAAGCUACCACUUCCACGGCUCCAGCCAAGAAGAGCACUGCUGCUGCCAUCUCUCAAAUCGGUGACGGCCAAAUCCAAGCUACCACCUCCACUGCCUCUCCAAAGAGCACUGCCGCUGCUAUCUCUCAAAUUGGUGAUGGUCAGAUCCAAGCUACCAACUCGACCUCUGUUGCAAAGAGCACUGCUGCUGCCAUCUCUCAAAUUGGCGAUGGUCAAAUCCAAGCUUCCACUACCACUUUGAAGCCAUCUGCUUCAGCUAUCUCUCAAAUUAGUGACGGUCAAAUCCAAGCCACCUCCACUAUGAGCGGUGCUUCUCAAAUCAGUGACGGUCAAAUCCAAGCCACCUCUUCUGCUUCCACCUCUGCAGCUGCCGCCUCUGACGACUCUUUCGUCACCUCCGUUUCCUGCAAAGCCGAUGGUUCUCUAUCCAUGACUCUAGAAAACGGUAUGUUGAAGGACUCCAAGGGAAGAAUUGGUUCUAUCGUUGCCAACAGACAAUUCCAGUUUGACGGUCCUCCUCCACAAGCUGGCGCCAUCUACGCUGCUGGAUGGGCCAUCACCCCAGAAGGUAACUUGGCCAUCGGUCCUCACGAUGUUUUCUACCAAUGUCUAUCCGGCUCCUUCUACAACUUGUACGAUGAAUCCAUCGGCGCUCAAUGCUCUCCAGUCCACUUGGAGGUCAUUGAGCUAAUCGACUGUUAG